CCUGAAUUGCAGUGGACACACAACCUUCCUCUGGUGCCAAGGCUCCAAUUUAUUUCCCUGCAGUGGAUCCACAUCUUAGCGGACCUGCAAUCAAACAAAAUCAGCCUCCCAGACUUGUCCAUCGCAAUGCACCCUGGGAAAUGUAGUGCAGCUGUCGAAGCAUUUUCACACUGGCCACGAUCUCAGAACUACAACUCCCAGUUUCACCCUCAGCACGGCCUUUCAUUGGCUAUUGCGUGCAGAAUGAAUGAAAUUGUACAGUAUUGUGAUAUUAGAGGGGCUGCAGUGUUCCUGCCUAAUACCCAGCAGCACCAUGAACACAGCCCUCCACAACCCCUUAAAAUCGCUGGGAGAAGACUUUUACAGAGAGGCGAUAGAACAUUGUCGAAGUUACAACGCCCGGCUGUGUGCAGAGAGGAGCAUGAGACUUCCCUUCCUGGACUCUCAGACUGGAGUGGCCCAGAAUAACUGCUACAUCUGGAUGGAGAAAACACACAGGGGUCCAGGUUUGUCUCCAGGGCAGAUCUACACAUAUCCUGCUCGCUGUUGGCGGAAGAAGAGGCGGUUGGAUAUCUUGGAGGACCCUCGCCUAAGGCCCUGUGAGUUUAAACUUGACUAUGAAGUACCCAUGAAGAAGGAAAGUAGUUUGCCUGAGGGUCCAGUCCUAGAAGCCUUGCUGUGUGCUGAGACAGUGGACAAGAAGUUGGAGCUCAAAGAGGAAGAGGCUGUUAGUGACUGUCAGAAACCACAGAUUGGGGAGAUCCCUCAUGAGCUGGAGGGAGAAGACCUUGAUGAUGAUACCCCAAAACGCAAGAACAGAACUAAAGGAAAGGCCUGCGGAAUUGGAGGCAUGAAAAAAAGACAGGACCUCUCAACUCUAGAAGACAGAGACAAACCCUACGUCUGUGACAUUUGUGGGAAGCGUUAUAAGAACCGUCCUGGACUGAGUUACCAUUACACACACACCCACCUGGCUGAGGAGGAGGGAGAAGAGAAUGCGGAGAGAUAUCUCAUACCAUUCCAUAGGAAAAAUAACCAUAAACAUUUCUACAAAGAACUCAAUUGGGUCCCUGAAAUGCAACCAAGACACACAAUUAAGAAAGCUCCUGAUGGGUCUGUCAUUGCCAAUGGCUAUUGUGAUUUCUGCCUAGGAGGAGCAAAGAAGACAGGAUGUCCAGAAGACCUCAUUUCCUGUGCAGACUGUGGGCGCUCUGGUCACCCCUCCUGUUUACAGUUCACAGUUAAUAUGACUGCUGCUGUCCGGACUUAUCGCUGGCAGUGUAUUGAGUGCAAGUCCUGUACUCUGUGUGGAACAUCGGAGAAUGAUGAUCAGCUUUUAUUCUGUGAUGACUGUGACCGAGGAUAUCACAUGUACUGCUUGAGCCCUCCAAUGUCUGAGCCUCCUGAAGGAAGUUGGAGUUGUCAUUUGUGCCUGAGACAACUGAAGGAGAAAGCAUCAGCUUACAUAACCCUGACCUAGAGGGAUGCAGAGCUAUGAGAACAAAGAAGCUUUCAUUGCGUCUCCCAGCCUGGCCCUGUUCAGUACCAGAAUUCCCUGCUUCUUUCACAUCAAGACUGUUUUCCUGACCUGUCUUCUAGCCAAUGUGGGUUCAGACUAGCUUUCAUAGAUCAGCAGUUUAAGUGUUGAAGAGAUACAGACCUUUCAGUUUUUUUAUGAUAGAUUCUGCCACCAUCUUUUCUAUGUAAUAGAUUCAUAAACAUAAGUACAAGGAUAUCCUUCAUAUUGUUGCCUUGCAGGCACCCCAAAUGCUUAUUAUCGGUACAGUUGUUUAUCUUGCUGUAAGUACAGUGUGGAGAGAGUGUAUCCCAUUGUGUGUGCAGCAUUGAAUCCAUAAAUGGGAGCUACCGUAUUGCUUAUCCCUGCUCAAAUGAGCAAUUCAUGAUAGACAAUAGAAGCCACCCUUGGGCCAAUAAUAACUGGUGCUGCUGCAUUUGUCUCUGUGGACUCGUUGAUUUACUUUAGUGAAAAGAUGCAGAAUGGUUGCUCGCACAAGGUUCUUUGUACUGUUGCUCUGCUAUAACCUGAAAGAUAAGCCUCCUUUUUCCCUUUCAUUUAUAUGAAUAUACAGUAUUUUAUUGUGCAGUCAGACUGUGAUGUCACAUGUAUUUAUUUUUAUUUUAUAUUUUUGCAUUGUUUCUUCCUAGCCUGAACAUUCUGGGUGCGCCCUUUCUCGUACUCUUUCAUGUUCUCACUGCUUCGUUCAUUUUCAUUUCUUUCUUUCCAUACAUUUCCUGCCAUGAUUAUUACUGACCAUUUCUUUCCUACUUCCAAAUUCCAAAACAAGCAGCAGUCGCUGUCUUCCAAGAAUUGCACCCAUAAUUGAAUUUGUUUGCUGCUAAAGAGUCAUUUGCAUUGGAACCAUGUCGAAGAAGCAUGUGGAUAUGAUUGCAUAAAUAGGGUCAUUUAUAUACAGUAUCACAUAGAAUACAUUUUGCAGAGUAAUGGACGCAUGGCUGCACAUACCAUUUACACAACUCCUGGUACUGGGCAGUAUUAAAGGGCAUGUAAAGGCAAAAAAAAAAAAUACCAUUUUUACCCCCCUGUGACCAACUUUGAAAGCAUAAAUCAUUUGUUUGAUUAGGCUUGUGGUGCAGUAAGUUCAUGUUUAUGUUUAGUAUACAAAAUACAGCAUUUUUAGCCUUAUUCUAUUUUAGACUUUACAUGCCCUUUUAAGAACAAGGGUGAUUGUGGAGCAUAGUGUAGUUGCUACAGUGAUAUAUCGGAUUAUAAUGCAUCACUUGUAGAUCAUCAUGGAGGUUGCUGCGGCUCAGUGUAUAAGACCCAGGAUAUAUGAACCUGUUUUUCUAAAAUGUCAGCCUUCCCUUUUCUCAUUUUCAGCAUUUUGCUUUCUUUCCUUCUGUUUGGUACCAGAUGGAAGUGUUAAAGGUUCAUUAUCAGAAAAAAUGACAGGGCAACGAUAAACUAUGAUUUGCUCUAAUUUGAAGCAGAUAUAUUUUAUUGUUUGUAAAGCAGCAGCAAUCCCAGCUAAAAAUAUUCUGCACGGCCAAGGUUGAUGUAUAAUAAAGAAGAGUAAGUGGGUGAGCGUAUUAAGGUGUUGGAUGUCGGAUAUACUGUACCAAACAAAUGAACCAAUUUUAUACCAGCCAAACAAUUUAAAUAAUGUGCAGCCACAGCAAGUUUAAAUGUGUUAUUUUCAAGUUCAUUGCUGUAUGCAAUCCAGGGUUAUAGGUUGAUUGUUGUCUUGUAUUAGCGAUAAUCAGUGUCUUAAAGGGCAUAUAAAGGCAAAAAAAAAAAUAAAAUCCCAUUUUUAAUUUCUUUAAUGAAAAAGAAACCAUCUCCAAUAUACUUUAAUUAAAAAAUGUG